GCUCUCGGCCCCCUUUCUUCGUCUCGCCCCCUCCCCACUGCGACCAUGACUGCAGCUGAAACGGCCGUGGAGAUCCCCUACCCCAACGGCGGCCCGAAGGCUGAGCCCCUCCGCAACGGAGGAUCCGCCGCCGCGGCCGAGAAGAAGAAAGCCCGCGAGAGCGAGCGGCGCCGGCGACGGAGGAAGCAGAAGAAGAACAGCAAGGCUUCGUCCCUCUCCGCCGACGCCGGCGGCGACGAGAGUGAAGGCGGUGGAGGAUCCCAGGAAGAUGCCAAGGAGAACACCGAUCCUUAUUCCGAGGUUGAGGUAUCAGUUGAGGUAGAGUAUGUUCCUGAGAAAGCUGAUAUAGAAGAUAAUUUUCUGGAAGACUUCAGGAACGUCUUUGAGAAGUUCAGAUUCAAAGAUUCUGCUGCUAGUGCGGAGGAUGAUGCCAAAAAGGAUGAGUCUGAUGCAAAUGCGGCAUCCAAAAAGAAAGGAGAUUCUGACUCGGAGGAGGAAGAGCAGGAUGCUCAGCAAAAGGAGAAAGGAUUAUCUAAUAAAAAGAAAAAGUUGCAAAGGAGGAUGAAAAUUGCUGACCUAAAACAGAUAUGCUCAAGGCCAGAUGUUGUUGAGGUAUGGGAUGCAACAGCAGCGGAUCCAAAGCUGCUAGUUUAUCUGAAAGCAUAUCGGAAUACCGUACCUGUUCCAAGGCACUGGUGUCAGAAGCGGAAAUUCUUACAGGGAAAACGAGGUAUCGAGAAGCAGCCUUUUCAACUUCCUGACUUCAUUGCUGCAACGGGAAUAGAAAAAAUAAGACAGGCAUACAUUGAAAAAGAGGACAGCAAGAAGCUGAAACAGAAGCAGCGCGAGCGCAUGCAACCAAAGAUGGGAAAGAUGGAUAUAGAUUAUCAGGUUCUGCAUGAUGCCUUUUUCAAAUAUCAGACGAAACCAAAGUUGACUACACAUGGUGAUCUAUACCAUGAAGGCAAAGAAUUUGAGGUCAAGCUGAGGGAAAUGAAACCGGGUAUGUUGUCACAAGAACUCAAAGACGCUCUAGGUAUGCCUGAAGGUGCCCCACCCCCAUGGCUUAUUAACAUGCAGAGAUAUGGCCCUCCGCCUUCUUAUCCACAUCUCAAAAUACCUGGUUUGAAUGCUCCUAUCCCUCCUGGUGCCAGCUUUGGUUAUCAUCCUGGAGGUUGGGGUAAACCUCCUGUUGAUGAAACUGGACGUCCUUUGUACGGUGAUGUUUUUGGGCUUCAACAACCGGAACAAAUUAAUUAUGAGGAAGAGCCUGUUGAUCGGACCAAACACUGGGGUGACUUGGAGGAGGAGGAAGAAGAGGAAGAAGAGGAAGAGGAAGAACUGAUGGAAGAAGAGGAGUUGGAGGAAGGCAUUCAAUCUGUUGACAGCCUUUCAAGCACUCCAACUGGUGUGGAGACGCCUGAUGUCAUUGAUCUUCGGAAGCAACAGAGAAAGGAGCCUGAGAAACCACUAUAUCAGGUCCUUGAGGAGAAAGAAGAAAGGAUUGCUCCUGGGACUUUGCUUGGAACAACUCACACGUAUGUCCUCGGUACACAAGAUAAAACGGCUGCCAAAAGGGUCGAUCUUCUGCGGGGUCAAAAGUCAGACAAAGUGGAUGUCACCAUACAACCAGAGGAGCUGGAAGUUAUGGAUGAUGUUUUGGCGGCCAAGUACGAAGAGGCACGGGAGGAGGAGAAACUGCGGAACCAGAAGGAAGAUUUCAGUGACAUGGUCGCAGAGGCGGAGAAGAAAAGGAAGCGCAAGAUGCAGGAGAAGGAAGGGAAAUCCAAGAAGAGAGAAUUUAAAUUCUAGGUCUGAUCACUGUGGUCGUGAUAUUGUUCGUGCCUGUUACUUGUGUACAAGCAUAUAUAUAUAUAUGCACAUAUUAAGUCAGUCAAUUAUAGCUCAGACAUUUUCUGAAUCUGAAUCUGCGACUCCAGAAAAUCCUUUUUUGAUGUAAACAUGACUCCCGUCUAAGGUAAUUCUUCUUUUCUGCUUUCCAAACUCA